AUGUAUAGCAACACGACAAGAAGGACAGGUGAAGGUCCAAUGGACUUUGAGUGGCAAGAUAAAGGUGGCCCUAUGGAUCCCAAAUCACCUUUCCUACAAUUCACAGCUAUGCAAUUUGGUAAUACUUCUUCCAAACCUACAAACUCUUUCCUCGCGAAGUCAUCUACACCAGCUCCAGCAUUCCGAAAUCCAGCAUUUACUACACCCCGCAAACCAUACACUCCCGAUAAUUUCUCCGAAGCAUCAGGAAUUGAAUCCUCACCUGGCGAGACUGCCGACGCAGAAGAUACACCUGAGUUGCCUAAAACUACCAACAAAACCAUGACAACCUUCUCAUCGCACGUCUCCUCACGUAAACCACUAUUUGGCAAAUAUGGCGCAAAUUAUAAAGGCACUAGUCCAGGUGUUCGUCAGGAUUUACGCAGAAUAAAACUAGGAGGACAGCCAAUAGCUAAAAAGAGAAAACGUCAACACCGAGACGAACGAGAGGAUGAAGCCAUGGGAAUAGUGCGACAUCACAGGAAGGAAUCAGCAUCAGAUUCAGAGAGCGAGUCCGGAGACUCGAGACCCAAUAGUCGAUCGACUGAAGGAAACCAAGCGGGUGGUAAACCAAACUGGUUUUCUUCCUUCUUGUCCGGCAUUGAAUCCCGGCCCAACCUUCCCAACAUCCUCUCCUACUACGCCCAACUAGCGCUUAACACAUUUGUCGUCGGACUGAUAAUGUUCGGAGUUUACACAUUCUGGACUACGAUUCGAAGCGACGUUGACAAGGCAUCUCAAAAGGCUACCGCGGAAGUUCUAAAUGAAAUGGCGAGCUGCGCAAAACAAUACGCAGAAAACAGAUGUGAACCCAGCAUGAGAUUACCGGCUCUCGAGACUGUGUGCAAUAAUUGGGAAACUUGUAUGACUAUGGACCCAAAUAGUGUUGGAAGGGCUAGAAUCAGUGCGAAAACAUUUGCAGAGAUCUUGGAUAGUUUUAUCCAGCCGAUUAGCUAUAAAGCUAUGAUUUUCGUAGCCCUAAUCCUCACCCUCUCCAUCGCCGUAAACAACAUGGCCUUCGGAAUGUUCCGCUCCAAACCCCCCACCUUCCACCCCGAACCCCACCCCCAUCCCCAAGCGCAUCUUUCACAUCCACAACAUCCAAACUAUUUCGGCCAGCCAAACCCAUGGGGAAUUCCACAAACCCCCCAGUCCCAUUUCGGACCUUAUGAACCUUAUCCGACGGGAGCGGGAACGGCGCAAAGGGCAUUAUUCGGACAACAGAGAAACGGGUUUGGAAAUGGGUUUGGGAAUGGAGAGGUAGAAUUCAAGGCGAUUGAAAGAAGUCCGAGUAAAGGUCGGGGAAGAAGUAAGGGGAGGAGUCCGAGCAAGGGGGAAAGGCGAUAUCUGGAGUAA